CCUCUUCUAUUCUCCAAAACAGCAACAAAUCAAAAUUGAACUCUACUCCGUUACCAUGGCGCCACCGGCAACGAUUCGGUGUUGCGCAGCAGCACUAACUCUGAUGUUCUCUAUCCUCAUAAUCUCUCCAUCAUCAUCAGCUAUCUAUUGUGAUGAAGAUGAUUGCUACGAUCUACUAGGCGUUACGCAAACUGCUAAUGCUUCAGAGAUAAAAAAAGCUUAUUAUAAACUCUCGUUGAAACAUCACCCGGAUAAAAACCCAGAUCCGGAGUCCAAAAAGCUGUUUGUGAAAAUUGCUAAUGCUUAUGAGAUUUUAAAAGAUGAAGCUACAAGAGAGCAAUAUGAUUAUGCAAUUGCUCAUCCAGAGGAGGUGUUUUACAAUACGGCUCGUUAUUAUCAUGCAUAUUAUGGUCACAAAACGGAUCCACGUUUUGUUCUGGUUGGUCUUCUUCUGAUUCUCUCAGGGUUUCAGUAUAUGAAUCAGAUGACAAGGUAUAAUCAGGCUGUAGCAAUGGUCAAGAAAACUCCAGCUUAUAAAAAUAGACUACGGGCUUUGGAACUUGAACGCAGUGGAGGAGUUACAAAUAAGAAGAAGAGCAACAAGCAGAUGGACAAGAAAGUGGAGGAAGAUCUCAGCAAAGAACUUGAACUGGACAUAAAGGGCGCUCAUAAACCUUCCAUCUGGGAACUUCUUGGUGUCCGAUUUAUAGUUCUGCCUUACACUAUUGGCAAGCUAUUACUGUGGAAUGGUUGUUGGUUCUGGAGAUACAAGGUGAAACAAGCACCAUAUUCUUGGGAAGAUGCCGUCUACCUAACACAAAGAUCCCUGAGAGUGCCUCUUGAUGCAUGGGGCAGCAUUGACGAAUCGACGAAGGAAGAUCUUGUUCAGAGACGUUUAUGGGAGAAGUCUAACUUGGAGACCUAUUUUGCAGAUCUUCGUAAAGAAUCCAAGCGUAGAAGAUAGCAGAUUUUCCUGCUUAAAUGCUGACAACACAAUUUUUUGGUGAUAGAUAACAAAUAUAUGAGUUCCUGCUUAAAUGUUGUACGGAAAUAGUUGAUCUAUUUAAUUAUUUUAUCAUAUGAAAGCAACGUGAAUUUUGCAAUUUAAACAAAGUUAUGUAUUGAUAAACAUCCAAUAUAUGAAGCUUUGAGUACCCUCUUAGAGGGUUUUAUGACA